AUAUUUAUACUGGGAAUACAUUAAUAUACACAGGUAGCACUAUCCUUGUUUACUAUUUUUGAAUAUUCAUAUGAAUGGAAUUUUUAUGAAGUAGAAUAUUGGACAACUGUGGAAUUUUUAAAAUUGGAUCCUUUAAGCAUUAAAUCCCUUUCAAUUGGACAAUAUUAUUGUCGCUGAUAGUUCAGACUACUAGAGUUGGUAAUCGCGCAAAAAUUGCUCAAAGGGCUAUAAUAUGCUGAAGAAUACAGAAUACCGAACGGGUCCACUGACUGUGAAUGAAAAUGGUAGUGGGAAAUUGUUUGACUUCGGCUUACCACCUAGUGCAAGGAAGGCAUAUGACAACCUUGCUGAACAGUCUGACAGAAAAGCUUACAGUAAUAUUAACCUGAGUGAUACAGUAACCGACACAGAAGAUGACUACUCAUUAAAAGUACGCCCAAACUCAUUUUAUGAAUACCCUUCUACCAAACAAAGUACCAAAAUUAAGAGAGCUGGCUCAUUCAACUGCGUCGAUUCCGUUAGCUAUGAAAACAAUUCCGAGGAUUGGCCGUCUCACAACUAUCGUCAUUUCCCUCGCUUCAUACCUACGGAUAAAGAAGGUGAAAGUGAUGAACAACUUAGUGAAAUACCUAUAUCACCUAUGAACAGAACUAUUAGUCCGCUGGCUGUUGCUUCAUCCACUCCAAAACUCAAUCAUAAGAUACCAAUCACAUUGAAUUUAACGAAUUCAUCUGUGGUUACGGGCAAUUCAUAUGAAGUGUCUGCUGAUGUCCCAAAUAACAGCAGUAUUACACAAAAUGGUCCAUAUUCACCGAGGACCAUGACACCUACGCUAGAAACCAGCGCCAUUGGUGACUCACCUAGUAUGGACAGAAGCGAAGUAUUUUCAUCUGCUAACAUCAGAACUAUUCCAACCCAGUCAAGGAAUAAUGCCGCCUACAAUCAACCGAAAUCAAAUGAAUCGAAUCAAAUGAACUCAGAAAGAUACUUAAAGUCAUCUAAUAUUCUCAUUGUACAUGCAGAAGACAAAAACAAUGAUCAUAACAAAGAUUUUUAUCCACAAUUUUCUAAGAAUUUAAUGACUUCAUACAAAAACUACAGCAUAGAAGAUUCACCGCUUAUGAGCCAUAAACCGAAAGUACAGUUAAUUUAUGCUAAACCACCGAAGCUUAGGAGGGAUCUUGUGAAAGGUGAAAUCCGUGAAAAUGUCAUGCCAUUGAAAAUGCAUACUGCUCCUGUAUGUCAAUCCGCACCUAGAUAUAAUGACAGUUUUAUUUCUAAAAAGGUGGAUUUGACUGACACGCCUGAGCAGAAAUAUGUAAGUGUGUCCAACCAGUUUGGUACACUGAAUGAUUCCGUGGAUCGUGUUAUACUACGCUUACUUGACUCAGCUGUAGUUCCUGGUGGUGCAUUACGUGGUGUUGUUUACAUUAUGACUAAGAAGCCAGUGAAGCUGCAGACGUUAACUGUUACUGUUGAAAUGAUCACCAAAACGUUAUCUGCAGAUGAGAAACAGGAUAUGGAGAAACGUAUACCAAUAUCAUACACCGUACUAUCCGAUGACAAAUCAAUCGGAAAACGAGCCCCGCUACGUAAAUUUACCUACCAACAACCAGAAUUUAUGCAGUCUCCAAUUAAAGAAGCUGAUUUCAGCGAUCCAUGUUUUUCACCAUAUACCGGACCUGUUUUACUUGCACCAGGUGAUCAUGCUAUUCCCUUCGCAUUUCCACUUGAAGGUAAUGCACAUCCGUCUAUAUUAUUGCGCGGAAAAGUUGGCAUAUCAGGUGAAGUAGAAAUCGUGCACAGGUAUUUUAUCUAUGCUACAAUGAGACUUAAUCAUCCUGAAGAAAACGAAUCAGUAGCUAUCAAUUCUAAGAAUUUAAAUUUCAAGGUGGUUAGUUGUGGCCCACUUGAUCAUCAGUUAUCGAAUGGUGAUCGUAUACCAGCAAUUAUGAAAACAUUUACAAUGCAGAACAGGCAAAUGUUAAUUCAAAUCGACAGUGUGGUUUUACAGGACUCUGAUGAUAUCAAUAUUUACAUAUUUACCGACGACCCAACUGGUAUUCGUUAUGCUGAAGCCUACUUACUUCGUAUAUUUCACAUACCUGGAUUAAAAGUCUCUGAUACAAAGGCGUUAUAUAAACUGAAAAAAUAUCCUCCUAAUGUAUUUGUUGAUGCACAUUCUGACAAGGCUACUUUCAUUGAAAACUUUCCAUUACCAUUUUCUGAAGCAGCUGAAGCUGAAAGUGGACGAUUGUUCUCUGACUUACAACAUUUACCAAACCACUAUCGUGAUUUCCGUGUAUCUUGUGAAUCAUUGAAUUCGGGAGAUCAAUCUCAAAGAACACUACAAGAUAUUUCUUACAAGGAGUUACCCAGGGAUGCUCGUAGAGCUGGCUGUCAUUUAAUUCUAGGCAUACCUGUCAAUUCAGUGCCACAGAGUUGCUUAGAAGCACUCAAGAUUACAUACUACGUCAGGGUAAGUUAAAUGAAAAUCAGAACUUGAAUAAAUGACUCUUCUGCGUUCAGAUUAUCAUAAUAUCUUCCUGAGAAUACUUUGAAAUAGUGGAAAAAACUUAUAGCUUACUAUUAGAAACUUGAGACCAGAUUUUUUCUGAGCUUUAAUAUUUCAAGUAUCAUAAUCUAGCCCAGAAAACAUAAAGUGGUUGACAUAAUAGUUUAUUUUUUGUGGAAAAGUUAAAUACUACUGGCACUAAGUAAAUACGUUUAUUAAGUUGUUUCUGUUAGAAGAAAAGUAGCAACCUCAAAAAGCAGUAUUCAGCUAGCUUUAUUCAUACAAGCAAUCGUCGACCAAGGUAAUAAUUUGAAAUUUUACGCAUCUGAAAGAUAAAUAAUAAUGUAGAAAGCCAUUAAAGUCUAAGUAUGCGGAUUAACAACUUUAUGCAUUACUUUGUAUCCUGGUCUUGUGUAAAUUUUACCAGCUGCCUAGUCAGUUUUAGUGAAAAUAACCUAUGAAUAUGUGGCUUAGCUUUGGAAACCUUGUGGUAGUAGUUAUCCACUUCUUACCAACUUAUGACUGCUUUUCAGUACACAACCAGCCUAAAAUAACAUUCCUUUCUUCUUCUUCGCCCAACAUGAUGGCAUUUUGCGCCAAAUAUGUCUCAUCUGAUCACAAAACUCAUUUCUGCAAUUACCAUGGUCAUCAUUGAUUAUUUCUUACAUGUUAAAUGUCUCAUGACUAGUGUAAUUCAUUGGACGGUCAUAGGAGUCCUGAAGUUCAUCUUGCUUGUAUCAUAGACAAAAGUAUCACCUCCGUUCACCCACAACAGUGACUUUUUCAGGUGUGAAAUAAUUUCACUGUAUCUUUUACUGGCCAUUGUGUUUGACCUGUCUUCAUCGACUUAUAGCUAUAAGGGUAGAUGAAAAAGCCUUUUCAUAAUCUAGUAGACUUGUAUAUUGGUUCGUAGAAGUAGGAUGGUUCAAUCGGAGGCUGCUCUCAGAAAACCAACUUGAAUCACACAAUAUCUUAGUUUCCAUAAUUGUUUUCUUCUCCAGUACAAACGUGGCCUAACUAAACAUUUGUUCGGCAUGACUGAGCGCAAAAGAAACAAAAGUAUAGGGAACCAAACUAACCACAAUAAUGGUGGAGAAUGUGUGGCCAAAGAAAUUCAUCUGUAAUUUUAAAAUUAAUUUGACACCGAGAUUUAUUCAUCAGUAUUCAGUCUCCAAGAAAACAUCUGCAUCAUACUAACAUGCAAAAGUGAGUUAAACGACCCAAUUUUCAUAAGAAAUAGAAUACUUUUUCGAGGGGCAGAACAAACACAUAGUUUUUCGUCAUAGUCUGAACACAGCUGGCUCCUAAACGGUGCAAAGACAUUUUCCUGUUCUUGAUCGACCACGAAACCAUCAAUUUUAAGCACAAAAAUUUCGUAAUGGCAUUGGAUGUUGACUGCGUUAUACUUCAGACUGAGAGAAGUGAAAAAAUAUGAACCAUCAUAUUGCAACUGAACAAAUGAACGUGUUUCCGCCGGGAUCUUAUGGCUGUAGGUGCAUUUUCUCCUAUGCCCAUUGGUGCACACUGUUAAACAGUCCCUAACUAGGAAGAAGCAGAUGUUCAAUUACCCUACAUUCCCAGUGAUCUUCCGAGUGAUACCAGUAGGUUUUGUGUAUCUGCUUUGUAACUAAUAAAUCCUCACAAACAACCACUUUUAUUUACAUAAUUUGGCAAUUUCAUCUCUUGUCAGACUGUAUGAAGUGUAGAAUGCCUACAACUUACACGUUUCGGAUAACUUCCAUAUUCUCACCUUACUCCCAAAUGUUUUUAAGUACCUGAAAAAAUGCUUUCUCUGCACGCAGUAACUGCCGCGUCAUUAUUUGAAACAGUUUUAUUGACUCAAGACGAAUGAAUUCACCUAAACAAGCGAGGAAAUCUCCACUCACCUACCUAGAAUUAUCUUGCUUAACUAAUGAGGCAGAAAAAUUUUUACGAAAAGCUUACAACUAUUGAAUGACCAUAAUAAUUAAUAAUAAUAUCAAUAGUUUAACGCCUACUAAUUUUACAAUUACUUUUUUAGGUUCUUAUUCACGAUAAACAUAAGGUUAUAGCUUAUAGCCUGCCGAUUUCUGUAGUGGAACAACGUGCAAAAGACUAUAAAAUGCGUUAUUUGGGUGAAGGAAAUCAUUUAUUCGACCCUGAAUACUUGAAAUUAAAACGUGAUAGUCGGUGUGCAGUUUCUUAAACUCUACGAACAAUAAGAUAUAAUGUUGAAAAAGCUUUCAACAUUAGCAACUGAUAAACAAGAGAGAGUCCCUCUUUCAGAAAGUUCGGAAACUAAUUUUAUUCCAUCAAAAUAAUAUUCAAUUUUCAACUUCCAAUGGUUUCGAAAUGUUUAUUACUUCAUAUCGUUUGUUCCCGUCACUCUUUCUACGUUUGUGUAUUGGGUUGAUGAGUAUAAGUGCAUAUUUUUAUGUACAUCUUAGUUGUUUGAUUGUUUUUCUUCAACUUACCUGAAAAAUCUUUAUUUCUGUUGCCUUCAAGAACUGUCAUAACUUCUUGAUCACAAUUUGGCUACAUAUUUUCAAGUGUAGGUUUAUCGGUUUGGGGAUAUAAAGUACAUGUCAGGAAAAGGCUUCAAUUUCAAAUAAUUAUUCACCUAUUCUUCCGUUUGUUGGGGUAAAAUAUACAUUUUUCACUGUUGUGAAUUAAUUUUUAACCACAAAUAAAAUAAUUUUAUGAAGAUACUUUUUUUACUUUUAUUUUGCUAGUUAACUACCAUAUAAUCAUCUAAGAACUCAUAAACUUUCACAUCUGUAGAACUAUGAACAGAAGUUCAUUUAUGGUAUUGUUGACUGAUUUACUUUGUUUCAGUAAAAAAUGUACUUGCAGUU